CUUGACAGAUGACAAUCAGUAAACAAAUUUUGUAACCUAAAAGUUUGACGUUUCCUGUUAUAUGUAUAAUUUUUGUGUGGUUUUAUAAAUAAAUUUAAUUAAAGAUGAGUAACAUCUAUAUUUUAGAACCACCUACAUCAGGAAAGGUACUUCUUAAGACAACUGUAGGAGAUAUCGAUGUAGAAUUAUGGGCAAAAGAGACCCCUAAAGCUUGCCGUAAUUUUAUUCAACUAUGCAUGGAAGGGUAUUAUGAUGGAACUAUUUUUCAUAGAGUAGUAAAAGGCUUUAUUGUACAAGGAGGGGAUCCUAGUGGUGAUGGUACUGGAGGUGAAUCAAUUUAUGGAGAACCUUUUAAAGACGAGUUUCAUCAAAGACUUCGUUUUACAAGAAGAGGUCUUUUGGCCAUGGCAAAUGCAGGCAAAGAUGACAAUGGGUCACAAUUUUUCUUUACUCUUGGCCCUGCUGCCGAGUUACAAAAUAAGCACACUUUAUUUGGAAAAGUAACAGGAGAAACUCUCUUCAAUAUGCUUAAAUUGGAAGAAGGACUAAUUGUAGGAGAGAGACCAGAGUAUCCACACAAAAUCAUAAAGACAGAAGUUCUGCAUAAUCCAUUUCCAGAUAUUGUACCACGUAUUAAAGAAGUAAAAGAAGAGAAAAAGAAGAAGAAGGAAAAAGUACCAGGUGUGAAGAAUUUUAAAUUGCUAUCAUUUGGUGAAGAAGCUGAAGAAGACGAAGAAGAAAAUGUAAAAGUUAAUGAAAAAUUUGCAGGAAAAGGAAAAUCUACUCAUGAUAUUCUAGAUGACCCUAAACUUAGUUCUGAAACUAUUGAAAAGGUACAAGAAACAGAAAGAAAUGAAGAGGAAACAGAAUCAGAUCCUUUAGUGCAGUUAGAAAAGAUAAGAAAAAAACUGAAAAGGGAUAUUAAAAACGAGGAUAAACUUCAUUCUAAACAAAGCGAUAAAAAAGAAGAGAAACCUUCCAUUAAGAGGUCAUAUUUUGAGGAUGAAGAUCCAGAAGAAGAAAGAAAACGGAAGAAAGAAGAAAUACAGAAAGAAAUUGAGAAUGUUAAAAGAGAAUAUCAUAAAAACAAAUUACGAAAAAAUCAGAUUGAGACUGAAGAAAAGAAACAAGAGGAAGAAAAAAGUGAAAUCCUUCAAGAGUAUCAUAAUGAUUACAAAAAGUAUAAAGAACAAAAGAAAGAACUCCCUAAGAAAGGAGCUGGACGGGAACAAUUUACUUUAAAACUCUUAGAGAAAUUUAAGCAGAAACUGUCCAGUGUUAAGGAAAAACAAUCAGAAAAUGAAGAUGUAGAAACUGCUGAAAGUACUGUAACUGCGGAAAUAAAUGAAAAUGAUAAUGAUGACGAUGACGAUGAGAACUGGUUGGCACAUAAACUUCACUUUAAAGAACCGACACCUACUUUGGCCAAAGACGCGAACAUGAAGGGGGAUGAUUGGUUCGAAAUUUAUGAUCCAAGAAAUCCUUUAAAUAAAAGGAGACGUGGAGAAGAUAAAAAGAAAUCUAAAACGCAGUAUGAGUUCGUCAUCUUUUUUCUUAAAAAAAUGGAAAACAGGAGUAGCAUUGAAGAAUGCCCCCUUAAACAUCAGCAGUCCUACUGCAAACGUAAACCCAGAUCUUUUAAGGGUCCUUUAAGAUUAGUACGGCUUUGUUUACUGAGCAUUCUUCUACCCAUUAUAUUAGUUGCAUUACCGCUAUAUUUAAGGUACCAUGUAUAUGGCGACCAGCUCUAUCCAUUCGCCAUGUCUGAUAUGAGACUACUUGAUAAUAAGGUGUCUACUGUAUGGUGCCAGAGACAAUUAGUAAAAGUAAAUACAACUUUUAAUGCAUUCUUGUUACCAAAUGAGCCGAAAUUAGCCGAUAAAGUUAAAAAUGUAUCAAUGGAACGUCAUCUAGAGCUAGACGACGAUAUGAAGGAAUAUUGGGGAUUUUAUUUAUUAAAAGGUUCUUCCAUUACGAUAUCUGUUUGCUCGAGGUGGCCUGGGGCGUCACUGAUUGUAAUUCGAGGUCAUAAAAAUCUACAUGAGUGUGCUUACAUCGGGGACGAUUCUUCAGAAGAAAUAGAGGAAUUAAUGGAAAAUAUUCGCGAAGGGGUGCCGUUUGCAAGCAGUCAAGAAUCUGCCAGCAAAGCCAUAUCAAAUAACCCUAAAAUGAUGAAAAAACACAGAGGCGGGGUGAAAUUUCACCAUCCUCAUCAUUUAACAGACCAGCAACUCCAUGCUGUUGACGAAAUUGCUACGGACAUUUCUGAUACUGCAAAUCCGAAAGUACUAAAGGAAAUAUUGCAAAUUCUUGCGUUGAAAACCGAAACACAAACCAAACGGAGACAAUCUAUGAAACUGAAAAAUAACGAACCGGAAGAAGUCAAACAUGCCGAUCGCUACAAGAAUAACGAGAAAAACACCAUGAAAAUCCAGCAUAUGCUAAGUCAGGAUCCUUCUCAAACUUACGCACUAACAUCAUCGGAAACUGCACUAUUAGAUAAGAUAAAAUCAAAAAUUUUUCAAAGCAAAACACACAAAAAUCCAACAUCAACAGAUUCCACUUUAGACCGUACCGUAACAGUAAAAAGCGAAGUAGAAAUUACUUCUCCAGAAGUAGAAAGUACUACCCUCGAGAGUUUGACCACAUUCGAAGAAGGGAAAACCUCCUCAGAAGGUGUUUACGCGACGGUCGAACAAAUGAAGUCCGAGUCCGAUGAAAUAAUCGAUGAAUUAUACAGAAGGCUGGGGUCACUCGGAACUAAAAAGUACCAUGCUUUAGAAAAACUGAAUCAACGGGUUAUCAAGAAAAAGUUGGAGGACGAAAAUUCAAAAUCGACUGUACACAAAAGGCGAAAAAAAGAUUUGGAUUCGUUGAUGAGUGAACUAACUUUACACGACGAGCAACGAGAUUUAGGAAUAGAAGAGGAGGUCGAUGUUGAUGGGAUAAUUAAAGGUAGGAUAAACGAAACUACGCCCAACGACAUGAGUAACAGCGAAAUCUGGUCAUCAUUUUCAAGUUCCGAAGAAGCCCUAUUGAACUGUUCAGGACUCAUUUUAAAUCUUCCUCUUACGCCACACACCCAGUGCUCGAAAAAUUCAAAGGACAUAUACGAUGCCUACCUUACUAAUACCAUAACUUAUGUGGUUCCAACAAACGGUUACUAUUUUUUCGUUUUUAACAGCGAAAACGAAAUCCAAACCAACUACAUCAGGGUACAGUUCAAUUUUACAAAAACCGUUUAUAACGUUUCUCAAUCGGUAAUGAUGUGCGAGAACAAAACCAAUUCUUGUGCUUUGGAUCUGAAAUUUUUCUCAAACGAACGGCUCGUUAUGGAACUGCCUGUAAUGAACAACGAAUCGUUGUGGAACGAAGAGUUCAUAGUAAUUUCCGAAUGUCAGCCAAGGACAAUUUUGUACACUAUUUGCGUACUAACCGUGCCAAUUCUUAUUAUUGUUUUUGCAUUUCAAUAAACCAAAAAAGCAAUUGUUGUAGGACACAUUAA